GUACAAAAUGGCGGACGACAAGCCAGCUGAACCUUUUGAUCUUCUUGAACAAACUAUAGAGCAAUUCGUCGAAUCAACGCGACAGAUUGGCAUCAUCGUCAGUGAUUUUCAACCAGGAAGUCAAGGGGUACUGAAUCAAAAGAUUAACAUGAUGGUCGACAAUAUGAGGGAAAUAGAAAAAUGUAAAGCCCUAGUUAAAGAUGUCGAAGUGCCUCUGGAAGUUUUUGAGUACAUUGAUCAAGGUCGCAAUCCACAGUUGUACACAAAGGACUGUCUAGAAAAAGCACUAGUGAAAAACGAACAAGUAAAGGGAAAAAUAGACUCUCUCAAGAAUUUCAAGUCUCUGUUGACAUCUGAACUGACAAAAUCCUUUCCAAAAGAAAUGGAUAAAUACCAACGUGCAAAAGACAGCCAAGGCACAUGAAAUGAAAGGAAAUAAUAAUUCCUUAUGUACAUAUUUAACAUAAUUGUAAAUAGACAUUCUCUACUAAAAAUAAAUAUUUAAAAAGCAA